GGACACUUCGACUUUGGACGCUGGAAAGUGGAAAGCAUCGCCGGCUCGCCGCCAAACUCGCUGCCACGUCGGUCCGAACCAAAUCCAGCACCUCUCUCCCCUCCCCCUUCCUCCCGUCCCCCGUCGACAGUCGCAUCGCACCCUAUCCUCCCCAGUCCCCACCAGUCCACCACCCUCUCCCCGCCUCCCGCUGCGACCACCGCACCGGCGAACUUGGAGGGCCGCUCGGCGCUGCACACCAAGCCGGGGAUGGCCGCCGCGCUUGCGAGCUCGCCGCUUGUUCACCUAACUACCUCCCGCCUCCGCCUCCCCAGGCCCCAGGCCUCCGCUUCUAGUUCGGGUCCAGUCUGCUCGAUCGGCGUGUGCUUGGGAUGGAGGCUGAAGGUCGGGUGGAGGGCCCUGAGGCGGCGCGACCGGCUUCGAUGCUUCUCCACCGACGGGGGCGGCGGGGAGGAGGGGGAAAAGCGUGGCGAGGAGGAGACAUCGGCAACGGCGGCGGCAUCCCCGGCCUCGGUUCCAGCGGAGACACAGGUGGGCGCUGGGGAGGAGCUGGCGUCCGAGCGGAGUCGGUCAGGGAGCUUUUCUUCCUCAUCCUCGUCGUCCGGGACUCCUGGUGUAUCAAGCGAGCCACCGCUGUUGAGUUUUAGUGUUGAUAAUAUCGAUACAGUUAAACUGUUGGAACUUCUAGGCCCAGAAAAGGUUGAUCCAGUUGAUGUCAAGGCAAUUAAGGAAAAACUCUUUGGUUAUACGACAUUCUGGUUGACAAAAGAAGAACCUUUUGGUGAUCUUGGUGAAGGAGUUCUUUUCAUUGGGAACCUCCGUGGGAAGAGAGAGGAAAUCUUUGCAAAACUUCAACGGCAAGUACGUGAACUUACCGGUGAUAAAUACAAUCUUUUUAUGGUGGAGGAACCCAAUUCAGAAGGGGAUGACCCACGUGGGGGACCACGUGUUAGUUUUGGUUUGCUUAGGAAGGAAGUUUCUGAGCCAGGACCUACUACGCUAUGGCAGUAUGUCAUUUCUCUGUUACUUUUCCUUCUCACUAUGUUCUCCUGCAUUGAGCUAGGAAUUGCAUCAAAGAUUAGCAGUCUUCCACCAGAAAUUGUUUCAUAUUUCACUGAUCCAAAUGCUACCGGACCCCCUCCUGACAUGCAACUUCUGCUCCCAUUUGUGGAGUCGGCUUUGCCAGUGGCUUACGGUGUCUUGUCUAUCCAACUAUUUCAUGAAAUUGGGCACUUUUUGGCAGCAUUUCCAAAAAAUGUUAAACUGGGAAUUCCUUUCUUUAUUCCGAACUUCACCCUUGGAACUUUUGGUGCAAUUACUCAGUUCAAGUCCAUUCUUCCGGAUCGAAAGACAAUGUUUGACAUAUCAAUGGCUGGUCCUGUGGCUGGAGCUGCACUUUCCUUUUCAAUGUUCUUUGUUGGCUUAUUACUCUCUUCAAAUCCUGUUGGGGCAAGUGAUUUAGUGGAAGUACCUAGUCAGCUGUUCCAGGGUUCAUUGUUGCUUGGACUUAUUAGUAGAGCAACGCUUGGAUACAGAGCUAUGCAUGCUGCUACAGUUUCGAUCCACCCUCUUGUGAUUGCAGGCUGGUGCGGUUUAACUACUAGUGCAUUUAAUAUGCUUCCUGUUGGUUGUCUUGAUGGUGGAAGAGCAUUACAGCUUGGAGGGCCACUGUCUCUUCCUUGGGGUUUGUACGUGCUAAUAUGUCAGAGAACACCCGAGAAACCAUGCUUGAACGACGUGAGCGAUGUUGGAAGUUGGAGGAGGGCGGCCUUGAUAGCUUCAGUAUUUCUUGUUGUUUUGACGCUCAUUCCGUUGUGGGAUGAACUUGCGGAGGAACUAGGUGUAGGGCUUGUUUCUUCGUUCUGAGAUGCGGUGCUUACCGAUAGAAUUAGGCCGUGAUGUAGUUCAGUUUUGUGUUGAAAUGUAGCUUCCCACGGUGGAAUUGUUGUAAAGGUAUGUGGAAUUUCCGGAUUAGGUGAGCAAUGAUAUCGCUUAUGCGAGUGUAAUGAAAUUGUGCCAAGUAUAGACGCUAACGAUUACCAAUUACAUACAUGUAUGCUCACUUAACCAUACAGUUUUGUGUUGUAAACUAGAAUGUAUGGAUUUAUAAAAAUGAGAAUAGGCAUGUCAAGUCCAGGACUUGAAAUCUGGCUAGGCAGGUUAUGCUGAA